AUGGAUACAUGUGAUCAUCCAAGUGUGGCACAAGAAAUUAAGGUUCCAGUAAAAACAUGGGAUGUGAUAGUGAUGGGAUCAGAUGGAUUGUUCGAUAACGUUCAUGACUUGGAGUUGGAGAAAUUAGUACGCAAGGGGCUAGUGGAUUUGCGCGAACUGGGAAUAUUUUCGAAGAUGUUAGCACAGAGGAUUGCAGAAUAUGCACUGCGGAGUUCACAAAGUAAGAAGAAUUAUACACCUUUUGCUAGAGAGUGUUCCGAAGUUGGAAAACAUCAUGUUGGUGGCAAGCCUGAUGACAUCACAGUGAUAGUUGCCCAUAUUUUGCCUCUAUAG